AUGUCAUUUGAGGCAAAUGCUAGGAUGUUGACAUCACUGCUUGGUUAUUGUAAAGUUGUUGGCAAUGAAUUUAUUGAGGAUAAUGUGGCAAAGAGACAUAUUGAGCUCAAUCCCAACCCGUCAAAUUCUUAUGUUGCAAAUGGUGAUUGGAAUAAAUCACAAAGUGUAAGCCCUGGUCCAAGGAUACGCCAUGUGCAGCAGCAGCAGCAGCAGCAGCAGCAGCAACAGCAUCUCUUCGUCGAUGUCGCUGGUUAUAAUUCUCUCAUUGCAGCACUUUGCAGAGGGGGAGAGCUGGAUGAGGCUCUCAAACGGUUCCAGCAGAUGAGGACCUUGCAUGAGCUUGAGCCGAAUGCUGCAAGCUACGCAGUUUUCGUUCGAGCUUACUGUGAAUCGAGGGAUCUGAACUCUGCCAUGAGAGUCAUGGAGCACAUGAAAAUGCAUGACCAGAUACCGAAUGUAUUCACCUACAACGCCAUAAUCAAGCUGUUGUGUGAGAGGGAGCAGGCUGAGGACGCCUACCAGCUGCUCGAUGAAAUGAUUGAAAGGGGUGCCAAGCCUGAUACCUGGAGCUACAAUACAAUACUAGCUCUGCAUUGCAAGCUUCGAGAGGUUAACAGGGCGCUCAGACUUCUUUCUAGAAUGGAUAAAGACUCUUGUUUGCCUGACCGGCACACCUAUAAUAUGCUACUGAAGAUGCUGAUAGUUGUUGGGAGGUUUGAUCGGGUGAUUGAGGUUUGGGAAAGUAUGGAGAAAAGAGGAUUCUUUCCAUCUGCGUCAACUUAUGCUGUAAUGGUUCAUGGGCUGUGUAAGAAGAAGGGGAAGAUUGAAGAGGCGUGCCGUUAUUUUGAGAUGAUGGUGGAUGAGGGCGUUCCACCUUAUUCUAGUACUUGCGAGGUACUCAGAAGAGAACUUCUGCGGUUAGGAUUGGGAGGGAGGAUUGCAGUGCUGGUUGGUAAAAUGAAGAGGAGUACUUCUUGCAGUAUACAAGAGCUCUCAGAUGCCAUGGAUGGAAGCCGGAUAAUUGAAGAGCAUGUCUGAAAUUAUUAAUGCUCAGUUUUUUUUUAUAAAGUUUUGGAACAGCUUUAUAAAAAUGUUACAGUCGCAUAUAUGAACUGAAUGGUUAUUGUUUGGCAGCUUUAGAAGAUCACAGGUACUGUGGGUGCUUGCUUGUGAAUUGGAACCUUAAAACUUACCUUCACAACACAGUUCACUGUAACAAAAUGCUGCAACAUUCUGUCCUCAUGAGUUUUUUUAGGUGAAUUCACUUGUAAUUGCUUUAGCAGUUAGCAAUAGCUUGAUUAGUGCAGCAAUCGGCUUAAGAUAAUCAUUGUAUCAUAUGGAUAGUGACAAUGGUAUCAAGAUUAAUGAAUGAUU